AUGGGACUCUGUGCAACUGCAAAGGUUAUUACUGGAAGCGAUCGAUAUGCUCAGCCGAAGCUUUUACAGCCUGGAAAUCGAGAAUGGGUGACUGCAAUUGAGGCAACAAAUUCAACUGGAUGGGCUGUGCCUUCGUACGUGAUUUUCAAAGCAAAGAAAAAUGUACGAGAAGGCUGGUUUGAUGAUCUUCCAGAUGAUUGGCGAAUCAAUAUUAGCGAUAAUGGCUGGACUACAGAUCAGAUAGGAUUAGAAUGGCUUAAAACCCAUUUUAUUCCCUAUAUUAAUGGUCGUACGCCCUUUGUAAGCGCGUAUCGUCUCGUCGGUGCCUAA